AGCCGGGCUGUUUAUCUUCUUCGCUACUGCACUCAACACAAUACCUGGCACGCAAUGGGAACCUAAUGACUCCCUCCUAGUCCUGUCUGUUGCCUGUUCUCUGUUUCUUUCGCGGUAAGCAAGCAUCUGUCUGGUUCGCGGCUGCCCGCAGGCACCGAGAUAAGCCCCCAGCACCGCGCAGGCGCUGGGCACAGAUAGAGAACGGAGGCCCCACAAGGGGGCGCCCUGCGGCGAGGCGGGUCCCGCCCGCGCCGGGCAGAGCCGGGGAACUACAAGUCCCAUGGUGCCUCGUGGCCGCCAGCGCGCAGGCGCAGCCGCCCUCGACGUCCUCGGUAGCGGGCGUCCUAGGCCGCAGUGCCCGGACCGAGCCGGAGGCCUGGGCGGCGUGUUCGGGAGCGGAGUCCGCGCCUGCCACCGCCAUGCCUGACACCUGGGACAAGGAUGUGUACCCCGAGCCCCCGACCCGCACCCCGGCGCUGUCGCCGCAGACUUGGCUACCCAACCCCAUCGUCUACCUGACGAAGGCCUUCGACCUCAUCGUGGACCGACCCGUGACCCUCGUGAGAGAAUUUAUAGAGCGGCAGCACGCUAAGAACAGGUAUUACUACUACCACCGGCAGUACCGCCGCGUGCCAGACAUCACGGAGUGCAAGGAGGAUGAUCUCUUGUGCAUGUUUGAAGCUGAGAUGCAGUGGAAGAGGGACUACAAAGUUGAUCAAGAAAUUGUCAACAUUGUCCAGGAACGGCUCAAGGCCUGUCAGCAGAGGGAGGGAGAAAACUACAAGCAGAACUGUACCAAGGAAGUGGAGCUCUUCACCCAGGUGGCCAAGGCCUACCAGGAUCGCUAUCAGGACUUGGGAGCCCUCGGUUCUGCCAGGAAAUGUCUGGCCAAACAGAAGCAGAGGAUGCUGGAAGAGAGAAAAGCUGCAAAAGCAGCUGCUGCUGCUGCCACCUCCUGAGGCAGCUGUGGGUGCCCUGCCAUGUGGCUCCCUAUGACUGCGCUAUUGCUGAAAUAAAGCCCUUCAACCUGUG